AACAGCGUUAGACACUUGUCGUACUCUGAUUGGGCGUUUUCUCCAAAACUCAAAGCCCAUCUUCUGCCCUUUUUCCCCGUUAUUUCUUCUCUCAUUUCGCGUCUCGUGCUUCCAAUUCGACAAACCCUAAUUCCAAAAAUCCCCCUCGGAUCUCUAACAAGGGUGUGAUACGAAACGAUGUCGUCUGCUCGGGAAGAGAAUGUGUACUUGGCCAAGUUAGCCGAGCAAGCCGAACGUUACGAGGAGAUGGUUGAGUUCAUGGAGAAAGUUGCCAAGACUGUUGACUCCGAGGAGCUUACUGUGGAAGAGAGGAACCUCUUGUCCGUUGCUUACAAGAACGUGAUUGGUGCAAGGAGAGCAUCGUGGAGGAUCAUUUCUUCCAUUGAACAGAAGGAAGAAAGCAGAGGGAACGAAGAUCACGUUGCUCUUAUCAAGGACUACAGAGGGAAGAUUGAAACCGAGCUUGGGAAGAUCUGCGAUGGGAUUUUGAACCUUUUGGAUACUCACCUUAUUCCCGCUGCGUCUUUGGCUGAGUCCAAAGUGUUUUACCUGAAGAUGAAGGGAGAUUACCAUAGGUACCUUGCUGAGUUCAAGACUGGUGCUGAGAGGAAGGAUGCUGCUGAGAGCACACUCUUGGCUUACAAGUCAGCUCAGGAUAUUGCACUUGCUGAUUUACCUCCAACUCAUCCGAUUAGAUUGGGGCUUGCUCUUAACUUCUCUGUCUUCUACUAUGAGAUUCUCAACUCUCCUGAUCGUGCUUGCAGUCUCGCCAAGCAGGCUUUUGAUGAAGCAAUCUCUGAGCUGGACACAUUAGGAGAAGAAUCAUACAAAGACAGUACACUGAUAAUGCAACUUCUCCGUGACAAUCUGACCCUCUGGACUUCUGACCUCAACGAUGAGGUGGGUGGUGAUGAGAUCAAGGAGGCGUCAAAAGACGAGCCUGAAGAAGGGAAACAAGCGUAGUUGUUGAAGUGAUCAGAGGAAGGGAGCGAGCAAGACAUUUCUAAGUAUGUAUGGUAUGGAUUUGGCUUUAGUUUCUUAAAACAUUAUGAUUUGAGGUUUGUAGAAGCAAAGAGAAGACCAUGAUUUGGUUUUCUUCUUUGGAAACUCUAAACUCUGUUUUUUUUUAUGGGGUUUUCAAGCUGUUGAGUCUUUCGUUGGUUUUACUUUA